CGCCAACGUGAGGUAGAAUAUUCCACCAAUAUUUCAAACGCUGUGCAGUAUAAUAUCAUAAAUUUAACCUCUUAAAUUCCUAGAAAAAACAAAGGGUGCUCACCUAUUUUACUGAAUGGCUAUUAUAAUUGCCGACAAUCUUGUAAACAAAACAAUUCGAUUGCUGCACAACGAAAAACGCUUUCAGGUUCAAAAUUGAAAAUUCUUAUAAAACUAUUGCUCUGGUGUUGAACUACUAUUACCAAUAAAAUAAACGUUGUUCAAUGCUACACAAUACUAAGUAUCUGUUCUCUUGUAUUUCUACCACUUUUCGGCUGCAUAAGCACAUUUCUUCCCUGUAUUUACCGAAUGAUUUUCUAAGAUCAUUUCAUUCAGGAUUCCGUUCUUGUAAGAACGCCAACUUUUUGUUCAAUUCCCUUCUUCGAGAACUUAAUAUUGAUGUAUCUUACUUAAAAGAACAUCCCAACACACCCGACUUUUCUUCUCCUCCGCAAAAGCGGGUUACCUUAAUAAAUGCAGACAAUGAACUUUCCAAUGAAAAGUAUGUAGGAACAGGAAACGAGAAUCGGCCGCCAAAGUUUAUUGAACCGCAUCCGCCUUACCCAGUACAUUGUGCCCCCGUUUUGGAUGCUAAAUUACUAAACAAGCCAAGCGCUCUAAAGAAAACUUACAACAUAACAAUAGAUGUAUCUCAUUAUCCGCUUCCUCAAGGAACAGAAUGGCUCGUUGGCGGGACCAUCGGCGUUAUGGCACCUAAUUCCGAUAUCUCUGUAACACGGCUUUUAACUGCACUGAACAUUACCAUGCAAGAUGCUAUUAAACCCUGCAUUCUAAUUACUAGCAGCGGCCGUUGGCCGUCUAUGUGGGGAGAAAACAAACCUCGAGAAAUUCGCACGAACAUAUACGAAUUGUUACGAUGGACUACUGAUUUUCUAUCGCAACCACCUUCUAAAGACUUGCUACAAUUACUAGGGUUCUCUUCAAAGGACCCAUUAGAACGCUUACUCAUAUCCCAACUCAUGAAACGACCGAGCAACCUGUGUUACCCGAACACAAGUUCAUACAACAUUACCGUCCUUCAACUUUUAGAAAUGUUUCCUCAUUCCACGCCCUCAAUUGACUAUUUGUUGAGCGUAUUACCGCAACUUAUGCCAAGGUGGUAUUCUAUGUCUAAUGAUCCCAAGUUAACACCUGGCUCACUUGAGUUUGCCGUAACAGUACAAGAGUUUAAAGAUCUUAACAACAUAUCCUAUAAAGGAAUUGGUUCCGGAUUUCUGGAACGAUUAGCCCAGAUGGUAAUGUCCGCAAAGCACAAUGGUAAAGCAACAUCAGAAAAUGUGGUACUGUUACCAAUGUAUAGAGGCCUACAGCGCAACCAGUUUGCCUUAAAUUUCAAGGAUAAAGGUCCUAUGAUUCUUAUUGGAGUAGGUGUUGGUAUAGCACCGUUUCGAGGUUUUGUACAAAGACGAUUGUCUAACCCAUCAAACAUGGGGAACAUCUGGAUAUUUCAAGGAUGUCGAGAUCACACCAAGGAUGAGCUAUUUAGUGAAGAUUUAAGAAACAUCUCAAUGAACAACCAGAAAGUCAUAAAAAUCUUGGCCGAGUCCAGAGUCGGCCGGAAAGAACAUGUUCAAGAUGCUCUGAAAAGAAAUCCGGGAAUCGUCUGGGACGUUAUUAACGAUAAGAAUGGGCACAUUUACCUUUGUGGUUCUGGUCAUGGUCUUGUCAAAGAUAUUGAACAAGUACUGCUAGAAGUCACAAUGAAGUAUCUAAAAUGCACCUUACAAGAAGCACAACAGGUAAUGAAAGAAUGGCAAACAACACCUCCUUUCAAAUUUAUCGAGGAGGUUUGGUAAAGGAAUGCACAAUGAUAUCGUAACUGUCAUCCAUUCAUUACAGCGAUUCAAUUACGCGCUUUUUCCUCUUUUUGUGUGAAACCAAUAUUGUAAAAACUCUUCACGAUCAGAUAAACCAAGUUGAACUUGACGUACUCUUCCCAAUUUUGCCAACUGCUCACUUACUUCUUUUGUGACAUCCAGCGUGUUUCGAGGGAUGAUUGGUUCCGCGGAAAAUCGAAGGCGAGUUUCAAAUACAAAGUAAGAGAAAAAAGUUUUUGCAAACGCAACGAUAGAGGGGACACCGAGUGUAAGAUCACCCUGCAUGUAUUUAAUGUACAGCAAAAAAAUGCGGUCUUGUGGACCCGCAGAAGUCAAGCAGUUUGUAAACUUGCAAAUUGCUCUACCAUUGGAACAAAAUCCCUAUCAUAAACGUUAAUGAGAUACACAUUUAAAGCAUCAAAGCAUACCUCUGGAAACACGACCAACAACCGCUUCUUCUGAUGAGCGUAAUUAGCCGCUUUACUAAGUGUGAUUGCACCUUUCACGGGCGUCUUUCUUUUUUCGGAAUUAAAACACUGUUUGAACUCAGUCCACGUCGAACUGGUUGUAACAUAUUGGGAAUCUGCAUAGGAAGCCACAAAUACAGGAUUAUACCGAAGGGCCAAAAUUAACACAUCGAUGGGACUUGUAUGAUUGACAGCAAUAAUGUCACCAGGCUGUAAACUAUCUCCCUGAACAAACGAACUAAAGAUACCGUUAGAAACUCUUGCCCAUAGUUACCAUUGCGUACCCAAUUUUAGUAAAACGAGUGUUAAGAAAGCCCAGCAAGAAGAGAAUCAAUUGCAAGAGGCUGUUAUGAACGAAACUCACAAGCUUUGGACAUGCUUUUCCGAAUAAGAAAUUUAAAAUUGUUGUUAAAACAAAAUAAACGAAAAAAACAAAGGCAACCAAGGAUCCCCGAAUUACGGAUAAAGAUAUUCUUAGAGGUAUCAGAAUAGCGAGUGAAAUGUUUUCGUAUUGUCUAAUAG